AAUAAACAGGGCAGCUUGGAAGAGGUACCUGCUUUCUAAUAAUUGCCUUUAGUGGGAACAGAAGUCUCCUUACAAGAAGAUUUUAAUUCAUUUUAAGACUUAAUUUUAUGUUGUUUUUAAGAACAACAAAAAAUAUUUCUGGAAAAGACUGCUGAGAAGAUUUCCCUGUUUCAGCCAGAAGAGCAGAGAGAAGACUGUAAAUCAAGGAAAAGAUUUCCCUCUUCAGACCUAACGAUUACAUUAGGGCUCCUGCAUCUGCAUCUUUUUGGAAGGAUUCUUUUUAUAAAUCAGAAAGUGCUCGAGGUUCAAAGGUUUGCCUCGGAGCGUGUGAACAUUCCUCUGCUCGGCUUUCAACUCGCCUCCAACCUGCGCCGCCCGACCAGCAUGUCUCCCCUCCCGUGAAGCGGGGCUGCCGCCGCCCUGCCGCUCCGGCUGCAGCUAACGACCCGCCCUCGCCGCCACCUGGCCCUCCUGAUCGACGACACACGCUCUUGAAACUUGUUCUCAGGGUGUGUGGAAUCAACUUUCCGGAAGCAACCAGCCCACCAGAGGAGGUCCCGAGCGCGAGCGGAGACGAUGCAGCGGAGACUGGUUCAGCAGUGGAGCGUCGCGGUGUUCCUGCUGAGCUACGCGGUGCCCUCCUGCGGGCGCUCGGUGGAGGGGCUCAGCCGCCGCCUCAAAAGAGCUGUGUCUGAACAUCAGCUCCUCCAUGACAAGGGGAAGUCCAUCCAAGAUUUACGGCGACGAUUCUUCCUUCACCAUCUGAUCGCAGAAAUCCACACAGCUGAAAUCAGAGCUACCUCGGAGGUGUCCCCUAACUCCAAGCCCUCUCCCAACACAAAGAACCACCCCGUGCGAUUCGGGUCUGAUGAUGAGGGCAGAUACCUAACUCAGGAAACCAACAAGGUGGAGACGUACAAAGAGCAGCCGCUCAAGACACCCGGGAAGAAAAAGAAAGGCAAGCCCGGGAAACGCAAGGAGCAGGAAAAGAAAAAACGGCGAACUCGCUCUGCCUGGUUAGACUCUGGAGUGACUGGGAGUGGGCUAGAAGGGGACCACCUGUCUGACACCUCCACAACGUCGCUGGAGCUCGAUUCACGGAGGCAUUGAAAUUUUCAGCAGAGACCUUCCAAGGACAUAUUGCAGGAUGCUGUAAUAGUGAACAUAUGGAAAGUAUUAGAAAUAUUUAUUGUCUGUAAAUACUGUAAAUGCAUUGGAAUAAAACUGUCUCCCCCAUUGCUCUAUGAAACUGCACAUUGGUCAUUGUGAAUAUUUUUUUUGCCAAGGCUAAUCCAAUUAUUGUUAUUACAUUUACCAUAAUUUAUUUUGUCAAUUGAUGUAUUUAUUUUGUAAAUGUAUCUUGGUGCUGCUGAAUUUCUAUAUUUUUUGUAACAUAAUGCACUUUAGAUAUACAUAUCAAGUAUGUUGAUAAAUGACACAAUAAAGUGUCUCUAUUUUGUGGUUGAUUUUAAUGAAUGCCUAAAUAUAAUUAUCCAAAUUGAUUUUCCUCUGUGCAUGUAAAAAUAGCAGUAUUUUAAAUUUGUAAAGAAUGUCCAAUAAAAUAUAAUCUAAUUACAUCAUGA